GUGGCAUGUUUUGGUUGGUUGUCGGUUUAAUUGAAAAAAAAAAAAAUUUGCCAUUUUCUUUUCCUUCUUUUGGGGAUCUUCUCUCAUCUCUCUCUCGACGGAAUCCCUAAAACUCAUAGUGAUUCACCUCAGCAGAAUCCAAUUCAGCAGUUCCAGGUUGAUGUUAAAGGCCAAGGCUUUAUGUUAUCGUUUAGUGAAAUCCAGAAAAGCUACUUCUUGUGCCCUUCCCUCUGAACCAUCUCCCUCCACUUCAGUAGCCGCCGUCUCCGCCGUUUCUGGUGACCACCGGUCUCGAUGUUUGUCUUUGAUAGUCAAACUUGGUGGGAGAGGUCUUGUAGACUCUGCUCGGGAAGUGAUUAGCCGUGUUAUCGAUGGUUCUUCUUCUAUUUCAGAGGCGGCUUUAGUUGUUGAUUUCGCGGGCAACAAUGGAAUAGAACUCCAUUCGUGUUGCUGCGGCGCAUUGAUAAGGAAGCUGACGGAGAUGGGUCAGCCUGGAUUGGCUGAAACUUUCUACAACGAACGUGUGAUUGGAAAUGGUGAAGUCCAACUCGCCACAAGCACUUUCUUCUGCAAUUAAGUGGCAUUGGAUCAGUUGUAAGCAUGGUUGAUAGGAUAGCUGGUUCUUGAUCAG